AUGCCUAGGACCGAACAGCUGAACAGAGAAAUGAUGCUGUUGAAAGCAGUUGCAGUGUGCAUAUUUCCAUUUGCAAUAGCUUACCAUCACCAUGGCUCAUCGGGCACUUUAGUCGAUUUCGCAGACCCUAAGGUACAAGGUCAUUUAGAUGCGCUUGUCCGCUUGGCGCAGUCUUGCGUUAUUAAAGUGCGGGCAACUCCGAAAGACGUUAGAGCAUACUUCACCAAUUCCGCACCUGUCACCAGAUCAGGACAAUGCUUCGCCGCGUGCAUGUUGGAACAAAGCGAUAUCAUUAACCAUGGCAAGGUCAAUAGAGAGCUUCUCAUACACCAAGCCAGUCUCGUCAACGGGAAGAACUCUCGUGUGGUGAGGAAGUUAAAUAGCAUCUCUCGCUUAUGCUUGGACAGCAUUGAGGGCAUGUCGGACAGAUGCCAAUUGGCAUCGACUUAUAAUGACUGUUUGAACGAAAACAUGUUGGAAUUCGCUUUCCCUCUCGACAUAGCCGAGGAAGCAGUGAGAAAAAUGCCGUUUCAUCUCAUACAACCCAAGUAUCAUUUUGUAACUGUUCAAAGGUCCUUUGAUUUAGAAUCCGAGGCUUUAAUUGCUAUGCAGAUUGAAUCUGAGCCUCAAUUAAAGUUUUCGAGAUGA